GGGGGGGCCCGCGCGACCGGGGGGGGGGGGGGGGGGGGGGGGGGGGGGGGGGGGGGGGGGGCGCGGGGGGGGGGGGGGGGGGGGCAGAGGGGGGGGGGGGGGCCAAGGGGCGGACACACACAAGGGCCUACGGGAUGGGGGGGGGGGGGGGCACCGGGGGGGCGACCGCUCCCCGAAGGCCCCGCGAAGGCACAUGCCGCGGGCCCAGCACGGGGCUGCUCCGCGCGGGGGGCGCCCGCGGGCUGACCACCCCCCCGGUCGGGGGGCGGGAGGAGACGGGCAGUGGGGCGCCCGGAGAGAGCUCCUCCAGGGGGGCGCCCCGGGCAGAGUCGCGGACGGGCCCCGACCACGAAGGGGGGGGUGCCCCCGCCAACGGGGGGGCAGGGGGAAGUCCCGGGGGACCAGCCCCGGGGGGGGGGGGGGGGGGGGGACCGCACGGGGGGGGGGGGGGGGGGGGGGGGGGGGGGGGGGGGGGGGGGGGGGGGGGGGGGGGGGAGACCUAAAAGGGGGCGCGAGGGCCGGGGGUAAGGGGUGCACCCUGGCGAGGGGAAAAACGCACACGACGGGGGGGGGGGGGGGGGGGGGGGGGGGGGGGGGGGGGGGGCAGGAGGGGGCACCGAGCGAGCAGCCCGGGGGGGCACCGCUCACGGGGGGAGGGGGGCACAGGGGUGGCGCCCCAGACCCCAGCCCCACCCCCCGACGCAAAUGGCGACCGGGGUGGCCGCCCGACCCGGGGGGGGGGGGGGGGGGGGGGGGGGGGGGGGGGGGGGGGGGGGGGGGGGGGGGGUGGGGGGGGGGGGGGCCCGCGGGGGGGUGGGCGGCGGGCCGCCGAGGGCGACACCCCCGACGCCACGCCGGACGACGGCCCCCCAGGGGGGAGCCGUCUCAUAUUCGCCCCCACAGGGGUGGGAAAAGCCACCCCCAAGGGAGCUGGCCGGCGGGGGGGGGGGGGGGGGGGGGGGGGGGGAAAUAUAUGGACAAUUACACAGAACAAGAAGGGGGGGGGGGGGGGGGGGGGGGGGGGGGGGGAAAAGAGAGGAAGAAGGAAAAAAGGGAUGUAUAUAAGAGGCUCAGUGGUGGGGGGGGGGGGGGGGGGGGGGGAGGGACUGGCCCUCCCAGUAACACAACCGCGGCCGCUCCCCGCAGGGGCGGGCCACCACAGAAGGGAGCCCCGGGGGAACGGGGGGCGCACCCGCGGGGCCCCCCUGAUAGCGCAGGGGGGGGGGGGCCGGGUAGACCCCGCAGGACGAAAAAAAGGUUUAAAAAAGGGGGGAAAGAGGGGAGUAGAAAAAGGGCCGAAGCCGUGCACGGGGGGGGGGGCGCCGGACACCCCCCUCUCACCCCGAGCGCCCCAGAGACACCGGGGGGGUGA